UCAGAGUUUUGGAGAUAUCAUGAAAUCUCCCAUUAUGCAAGCAAAUCUUAACUUGAGAUCCAAGGAACCGUUAAGAUAUAUAUUUUUAAAGCUUUUUUGUUUUCAGCUUGCUGUAUUUUGGAAGAUUUCAAUCUCAUUUUUUUUACUCUCCCUCUGAUCUCUGCCUCUCUUUCUCCAGUAGCUAGUGCAAGGAGGUAGCUAGUGCAAGGAGGGAGCCAGGACAUGCAUUCAGAGUAAAUGAGGACUGUUAAGCGAUCGAGGAAGAAUCUGAUUCCUUUCCAGCCUUUAACAAGAACGUGCAUGAGGGGAGCAAGCUUUAAAAGAGACAAGUUGCUUUCCAUUUAAUUAUUCCUUGAUCUCUCCCUUCUUUGGAUUUUGUUUAUUUUGGAGCCGCAGUGAGUGGUACUACCGGAUCGAGGAACCAAUAAAGGAAUUCCACUGUGGCACUCGCACAAGGAAAUCAUGACUCAAUGCAACGAGGGUGGUGACAACAACAUAAUCGUUUCUGCAAAUGGCAGAGACUAUCCGAUUAGAACUUGUGCUACAUGUGGUUAUCAGAUUAAAUGCCAAGAUAAACAGACUUCAUGAUUUGCCGGGGCUACCUGCGGGUGUUAAGUUUGAUCCAUCUGAUCAAGAAAUUCUUGAACACCUGGAGGGCAAGGUGCUGUCCGAUCCUCGUAAGCUUCACCCUCUUCUCGAUGAGUUCAUCCCUACUAUUGAUGGAGAGAAUGGAAUUUGCUACACCCACCCUGAAAGGUUGCCAGGAGUAAGCAAAGAUGGCCAAGUCCGGCACUACUUUCACCGACCGUCGAAAGCAUACACGACGGGAACUCGGAAAAGGAGAAAGGUGCACACAGACAUGGAAGGUAGCGAGACGAGAUGGCACAAAACAGGCAAGACCAGGCCAAUUUUCGUCAUUGGCAAGGUCAAAGGUUUCAAAAAGAUACUCGUGCUCUACACCAACUAUGGAAAGCAAAGAAAGCCUGAGAAAACCAACUGGGUAAUGCACCAAUACCACCUUGGAAAUAAUGAAGAAGAGACAGAUGGAGAGUUGGUAGUGUCAAAAAUUUUCUAUCAAACCCAGCCGAGACAGUGCGGUUCUUUCAUUAAGGAGUCGCUUUCCUCAAAAUUGAAGGGACAAAAUGGACAUGGGAGUACUGGUCUUAGGAAAAAUGGUCUCUUUGAAUACUAUAAUUCUUCCUUGAUAUGCUUUGAGCAGGGCAGCCAAAAUGGGUCAAGUACUCCUCGUGAUCUACUUCCUCAUUUCGCAGUCCAUGAUGUGUCUUCUUUUAUUUCUUGAUAGAAAGGAUGGUAAAAAGAACUGGAUGGGGAUGAAGAAUAUCGUUCCUUGGUAUGCAUGCAGGAUGCACAGCCAAAUGUAUUGAUAUUUUUAAAAGAAACAUAAAGGUGGGAGGAAUAAGGACAGUGUUUAUUUUAAUGAAGACCAGAUCUUCUAGCUCAGACAAAAAAAAGGACUAAUUAUUCUAGGAUAUCAUUGAAGAUUUGGCCACCUCCCUCUCUCUCUCUCUCUCUCUCUCUCUCUCUCUCUCUCUCUCUCUCUCUCUCUCUCUCUCUCUCUCACACACACACACACACACACAUUAAAGCUUGUGCAUGCCUUAGACAGCUCAGGAAUGUAUAUGCAAAAAGGCUAAUGAGCUUAAAGGUGAGUGUUGGCUGUAGAAGUACUGUACAAAGAUAAUUCUUACCCAGAGUAGAUGUGCACCUUGCAUGUCAUACGAAACUUUGUAAUGAUGAAAUUAUAAUGUAAAUUAUGUAAUAUGAAUGUUUUUUGUGCC